CCUGAUCAUUCGGGUGAUCUGCAAUCCACCUACCACCCACUCGAAUAAGUACGUACGUGUAGUAGAUUUAUCAAUUCACAAUCUACUCACAUCAAUCACCCACCCAUUUCGAUUCGAAUUAUUUGCCUGUGGAUCAGCAGAAGGAUUAACCACCAUGUGCCCAACCCCUACCUACAAGGCUACACAACCAUGUGGUGACAUUGAAUUCCCGCGUUAAAUUCCAAAACCAGAGCUGUGCCCUGCCGAUUAAAUUCCUUCCAUCCGUCCCUUUGUAUUUAUACCCGCAUCCGAUGCCUCCCCGAUCCAAACCAAAAAUACAUUCCCCUUCUUCUUUGUUUAGUUUCCUCCUCUCCUUCUUCCAAAGAGACCAUAAUAACAUGACGAAACGAGCCUCCAUUAUGCUUUCUCUAGCUCUAUUGCUCAUGGUUUCCCAACAUUACCCUGCUGCAACUGCAAGAGACGCCCCCAAGGAAAUCCCAUCAUCAUCAGCCGGGGCCGGCCUCGACGACCAAAAGAACUUCGUCGGUUUCGGUGGCGUCGGUGGGUUUGCCGGCGUUGGGGGUGCAGGUGGGCUGGGUGGAGCUGGCGGACUAGGUGGGCUUGGUGGCGAUGGGCUUGGAGGUGGCGAUGGGCUUGGUGGAGGACUGGGUGGUGGCGGUCUACCUGCCGGAGGUCUUGGUGGCGGCAUUGGCGGCCUCGGCGGAACGAUAGGCGGUGGAGGUCUCGGCAGCGGCAUUGGUGCUGGCAACGGUGGAGGCGGCUGCGUCGGUGGCGCCGACACUAACGUUGUUCAGCCCUGAUCGUGUUGUUUCUCGUGCACGGGAGGGCUCUUUUGUAGCUGCCAACUGCGGUAGUGGCGGUCAAACUUAGUUGCGUUGUAUUUUUCCUUUUUUUAAUCUGGUGCAUCUGUUUCUGUUUCGUAUCACUGAGUAAUAUGUGUUACGUUGGGCUUUUCUCGUGUUAAUUAAGCAUGUACUACUAUUUCACUUAUGUUAGUUUUUCCGUUCCUGGCAGUUCAUUCAAUUAUGUAUCCUUGUCAUGACUCGUUAACGAAGACUGACAUAUCAAAAGCUUUUUGUUUGUUUUUUUAAGGUCAAAGCUUAAAAAAAAUUGUUUUUUUACUAAUUAAUUAAGAAUUUUGUA